CACGUCAUGCUUAUUUCCUCCGCAUUGCUCUGUCACUGCUGCAACAAGAACCUUAGCACCCAAGGAGUCAGAUCUUGAAUUCCUGCAAGAAAACUCUUCUAUUACAAAUUUUUAAACAGUUAUGGAAGAAGCCCAUAAAUAUCUGGAAAAAGUGCUGGAAUGUGCAGGCCUCGGGGAAGAUUGUAAUGAAUUUGUGAAAAAAAUUGUUAGGAAGAUGGAAAAUAGCAUGUUUGACUUCAGUUUACCUGAAAUGAGAAAAGGCAGAUCUAAACAAUCUGAACAUAUUAUAAACCAAGGAGUUUUGAAAGUCUAUUACAAUAUUGUGACUACAUUCUUACAAAAAUGCAAUUUUCAUAACCUAUCUACAGUCCAGCAACUUGGAGAAGACCUACAGGUGUGCAAUGAAAUAAAAAAUCCUUUAGUAACUAAAUAUAUUAAAACCAAAAUUCCAGAAGAAUGGUUAAAAAACAAUCCUUCAUUACUUAAAAUUAUUCAAACUAAUAUUAAUGAAAAAUGGAAAGCCGACAUCCCAACAGAUGUUGAAUAUAUGCAGUUAAAUGAAAAAGAGUAUGGAGCAAAGAUUAAAAGUCUUGUAGAUAUGGCCAGCAGUUUUAUGAAAUGCUGGCACGAUGGUAAGCAUGGCGUUCUUAUUCUACAGGGAAACAUACGUGAAGUACUGACACGUCUCACAGAACAACAACUGUACAUAGAUCCUGUGGCUUUGAUCUAUUGGCUGAAAGAGCAUCCUAAUGGAAAGGAUGACAUAGAAAAAGCUCUGUCUGUUGUCAGGGCAAUGUUUACUAGUCUGAAUCCAUGUGGUAAUGAAAAUGUCUUAAUCAACUGGACACAUGAAAUAACAGAUGAAAUAAGCAAACCAUAACUCUGUAACUCUACUUUUUUGUAUCCUGAUAUUUCAUUUUCUUCAUCAAAUCCAUUAUUCUUUAUACAUUUUAAGCAGCACAAACAAGAGUCAUUGUUGCUAUAGUAUCUGUCAUAGCAGCAUAUAUCAGCAAUUUUGUGAGUGUGUGUGUGUGUGUGUGUGUGUGUGUGUACUACAGCCUCAGAUAGCACAAAUUUAUGUUGUCUCCACACACACACAAACAUACACAACUUCCAAGUAUAGUUUUGUCAUUAACUUCAGACAGUGCAGUGUUCUUCAUUCCAUGUAGAACUGACAGCAGUGCCUUCACCAUGCUCUGAUCUCAUGCACAUAUGUUAGUGUUUUCCUGUAAUACUCCAUUUCAGAGUUGGUGAAAGUGUGUGUCUUUUUGAUUCAUGCUGGCAUUAAUUGCAUUCAUCAGCAUAAACAACACGUCAUGCUUCUGAAAGAAGAGGGGCUAAAGCAGCAUUAUUAUGUUAAAUCAGCCUGAUUUAUAAUGUACAGUAUCAUUGCUAUAUUAACAAUAUGUUAUAGUGUUAUUUUCUCAUGCAAUGUAUAAUAUAUACAUAUAAGAUUAUAACAGAUCUGAAGAGCCAACAUACUUAUAGCUUAUUAUUUUAGGUAGUAUGCUAGACACACAAUAUCUUUAGGAAAGACAGCCUCAGUACAGGGUUUAAGUGUAUCUAAUUUCGAUAUUUUAUGUUAUAAAUUGUACUUUUAACCUGUCAUCUGUUUAUUUAUUUACUGAUAUACUGCUGAACGUUUUGAGUUUAGUGUACAGAAAGUGCUUGGCUUGAAUAAAAUAAUGAAGAUGGAGAUUAAUAUA